CUUUAGCUCGUGACACAAAAACUAGUUUUUAUUCCCCAUAUGUUCUGAUCGAGAACAUUUGAUUUUUGCAACUUAUUUUUUUAGAAACUGUAAAUUGUAGAGUACAAAAUUUGGACACGGAACCAGAAUGAGUUUCCACAAAAAGUUGAAUGACUUCCAUCGGAAGCUGGACUUGGCCAAAUGGUAUAUGGGCGUGUCCACACAACAGGAGACGGUGAUGUUAGCCAUGUCGGAGAGCCUUCGGGAUGACUUUGAGCAGGGGACGGGUGAGAAGAUGUUCAAGGCCCUGAUUGCCCUGGGAAUCCAGCCGGUGAUAUCCAAGAAGAAGAUCAGUCGGAUGGUUCAGCUGAGCAGGAACAACAUCCUGGCCUUUCUAUACUUUGUGAUGGAGGGUUACUACAAGACGUGCCAGAAGGAUGGUGUCUACAGCAUUAACGAACAGUUGCUGAUGAAUGCCAUAGCCAAGAUCGAUAUGUUGGCCACCAUUCGAGGUCUGGACACUGUGCUGCCGAGACCUCCAAAAAAAAUACCAGAGCUCGAAACUCAGUCGCUGGAUUCCGUCAGCGAAGCAGAGCGUCCAUCGAAGAAGCGCUCAAAGAAGUCCCCCUACUUCCAAACUCAACCGAAACCCGUUCAAAGGACCUCCUGUUUGACCACCAAGCUCCCGGACUUCGUGGUAUCCUUUAAGUUUUGGCCCAACAACGGACCACCCAAUUAUGGCAAGGACGAGGAGGAGCCUUGGUAUGCCCUAUACCGACUGAAUCCUGGCCAGCGAUUGAUCAAGAAAACCCUCUCCGAGACUCUGGAACGAUAUUUUAAGCUGGGUGGCUUAGAGGGAAAUCAGGAGGAAGAAGAGGGUAAGCCCAAGAGUCGGGAACCCGAGGCAAAUAUGUGCCUGGUGCACAAAGGUCAGGUGGUGCAAUCGCAGCUGUUGAGGGAUGAACUGGCGGUCAAGGCAAGGGAUCGCUGCCUGGAACUCCUCGACGUGGCAGAACCGUAUCGAAAACUCAGGAAGGCGAGGAUUGUGGCCCAGUUGGAGCACGACAUCGAUAUAAUCAUGGCACGCCAUCGCAACGCGAUGCACUGCGACCAGACCAAAGUGCUGACCAUUGAGAAUGCCGAUUGCGUCCUCUGUCAGAAGAUGUUGGUAUCGCAACCCUGGCCAGAUCCCAAGGAUCAGGGUAAUCUGGCUUUGGUGGGCGAGGAUAUCAGCGUGGCCCACACGGCAGCCAUUGAUACUUACCGGGGGAAGAGACUCGAGGGAGGAGGAGGCAAGCCGAAAAAUAAGGACAAGAAGGGUAAGAAGGCAAAAAAAGUAGAGCCUCCGCCUGAACCUCCGAAAGUAGAGCCCAAGAAGGUAUCGACCUGGAAGCCUCCACCUCGCAAGCUGGCCAACAGUGCCUUCCGUAUGCACAAUAUCGACUUCAAUGAGGAGUCCUUGGAGAAAUGUAGGACCAUUCUAGAUCCCACGGAUUGCGAGCUUCCUCCGGCGCCAAGAAAGUCGGCUGUAUCAUUUGUUUUGGCCAAAGGAAAAAUCCAAUCGAACUCCGAAACGUGCAAAAUGCGCGCCACCACAAAGCCGGUUAAGAAGAAGUUCUUCCGAGGACCGCGAUCCAAUAAGCCCUACAAGUUCAAGUACCAUCGAGUCUUCCAAACCGGUCAACCCAGACCCUUUGACUUGAAAAAGAUAGUGACCAAGUCGUUUGUGAAGGCGUUGGGUAAAUCGGAGGAGGAACGUGGGCAUAAUAACUGUAAUUAUGAUUGCCUAAUAAGGGAGAUGAUGAUUGAGGACGAGGUGCCUCCGGAAAAUGAAACGGAGAAGAAAGUGGCUCCAGAGCCCCAAGCCCCACUCGACUUAUUCGAUGAUCUCGAUGGGGACAUGACCUCCGAUGACAGCCGGGAGACCCUGGAUCAUUCAAGCAACCACAGCUGUCGCAGCCGUGUGGAUUACAAGGCGGAGAUUGUGGAUGCGGUGGUGCGCUGUGCCAACGCCAUUUGGCAGAAGCAGGCCACCAUAAAGCGGGCCGAGAUGGAGCGAAUGGGUAGGUUGACCCCGCGAAAGGCUCUCACCUACAAGGAGACCAACAAAUUCGAUCCCGACAAUGCGGAACAGAUGAACCAGUUGCUCAAGGACGGCCUACGUGCCCUCCGCAAGGAACCUCGCUUUGUCCUGGCCAGUCUGCCGGAGGCCCACAAGUUACCCAUCCUGAGGGAGUGGGUCAAGAGGAGGUACGGGAAGACCUACAGCCAGAAGGAGCUCGAUGAGAGUAUUUUGGAGGCGAACCGGAUUUUCGAAUUGGUCACCAUAUGCCAGAGCAGUCCUCCCGAUCCGGAUCUCAUGGGUAUUGAUCGUCUGCCCAGAUCUCAGGAGAACUUUGACAACUACAAACGGAUCAAAAAUAAGGCUGCUAUCGUGAAGAAAACCUUCCAUGACCAGCUAAACGAGCGUUACUUGGAGACCGUCGGUUCCGCCUGGUAUGCGAUGGGCAACUAUUUGGUGCCCGGGGGACCUCCUCGCAGGACCUUUUUCGCCUACAUAGCCUCGAACCCGCAGGAGAUAAUGCGAGCGAAGGUUUGGAACGGAGAGUUUCGAAAUAACCGCGCCUUCCGUGAGAAGAGGAAGGAACAGGAGAGGCUUUUGGGCAAGGUGGAUAGUUAAAAAUAAAAACACUUUGGUAUUUCA